AUGGCAGAUGUGAACCUAGGCCGUGAGGCGAUGCCUCAACCACCCGGCUUCGAAAAGACCGAUGCAGCUUGGUCAAGCUACAACCCCACAUCUUCGGCACAUGGCGGCUGGGAUGACAACGACCAUGGCAACAACCGAAGUUGGGAAAGCCAGAACGGUCAUGGUUCAGACAAGUGGAAAAGCGACAAGUGGAGUGGCGGAGGAGGUGGAGGUGCCAAGUGGGGGAAUUCCAAGUGGUCAAAGGAUGCGGAUACCGCGUCGUCUUGGUAUUCAGGUGGUUAUGGUGGCCUAGUGGGCGAGGACAAUGCCACCGUUGAAGUCCAGGAUGAGGAAGUCGAAUUCCCCCGGACAGAGAUGCUUCUGGCGCAGGAAGAUUUUGAAAGCCUCGGCGUGUGCAAGGAGGUCAUGGAAGGUAUCAACUUCCUUGGCUACGUGAAGCCCUCGGUCAUCCAGGCGCACACACUGCCACGAAUUCUCGGCGAACCAGGUCAGAGAGGUAAAAGUCUCCAGGCGCAGGCGCAGAAUGGAUCUGGCAAGACUGCGUGCUUCAGCAUCGCUGUGCUGCAAGCGCUUGACAUCAGUGUCUUGCAGCCACAGGCCAUGGUUUUGUGUCCAACAAGAGAGCUGGCACGUCAAAACCACGACUUCAUAAACCUCAUUGGGUAUGGAAUGAAACCGAAGACUCAUCUGGUGUGUCCGGGCAUGGAGCGUGUGCCGAGCGGCUCUACGAUUGACUGCCACAUCUUGAUUGGCACUCCUGGGAAGAUGAUGGACAUGUGCAAGAAGAGAUUCGUCUACGUGAAGGAGCUCAAGGUUCUGGUGCUUGAUGAGGCCGAUGUGAUGCUUGAUCAGGAAAAUUUCAUGGGCACCCACGUCAUGGACGUCAGGAAGCAUCUGCCACAAGAUAUCCAGAUUCUCUUCUUCAGUGCCACAUACCCCGACUACGUGCAAAUCUUUGCGCGGAAUUUGCUUGCCAGCAAGACGGUCAUCAAGGUCUCGAAAGAGGCGCUGACUGUCGCCACCAUCCAGCAAACAUACAAGGUUUGCGAGGAUGAGAGCGACAAGUUUCAGCAGCUGAUGAAUAUCUAUGGUGCUCUCAGCAUGGGUCAGAGUAUCGUCUUCUUCAACUCGAGAAGCAAGGCAUUCCAGAUAGCUGAGCAGCUGAAGCAGGAGGGCCGAGUUGUGUCGCUGAUUUGUGGGUCGAAAUCAAACGGCCAAGAAGAUGGCCUGACAGUCGAAGAGCGUGAUCGAGUGAUGGGCGAGUUCCGUGGCGGCGUGACCCAGGUUCUGGUCGCGACGGACGUCCUUUGCCGUGGGAUCGAUGUGCCCCAGGUCACCCUGGUAGUGAACUACGAGAUGCCGCUCACGCGAAACUGGACUGUUGCCAUGGAUACGUACCUGCAUCGAAUCGGAAGGACUGGCCGGUUCGGCCUGAAAGGCGUUGCGGUGAGCCUCGUCACGACGGAUGAGAUCAAGCACGUGCAGGAGGUCAUGGAGCACUACCAGUGCAGAGUCCAGGAGAUCGACUACGACUGGGAGGAGUUUCAGGACAGAAAGGGAGAAGCUCAAGGCUGCAGCUGCACAGACACGCAGUACGAACGGCAAGAGCCAACAUUUAGUUACGGCGCCUGGUGGAUGAAGGGAAAAGAUGGAGAGUUCUACUCAUGCUCGACCGCCACCGAGCUAGCAUGGCAGGAUUAUGCGGACCUUUUUCGAGAGCUGAGUGGGGAGUUCGCGCACAAGGAUCCUGUGCAGCUGAAGCCGCCAUGCCGCAUGCGAAAAGGUACAGCCGAGGAGAUGUCAGUUCGGCACUUCCCGUUCGGCAUCGCGCGAGUAAAGCUUCGCAUGCGUGGUGGUGACAUAGCGAUCGAAGAUGUGGCGAAAGGAGAGUACAUGAAAUGGAGCGUUGCUGAGGCGCUCUCGCAAAGCUUCAAGAAGCUCUUGAAGAUCGCGGUUCCUCCGAGCUGUAUUCUGGCCUGCACGGACGAGAUCGAAGUUCUCUCCGUGCAGCGCCCCAGCCUGGGCGAUUGCCUUUGGCAAUUCUGUGAGUUUCGUUUUGACUACAAGGUUGAUACGGCAGACCCCGUUCCCUUGCUGAAUGGCGUGCUUGCCAACAUGGCAGACUUUGAAGCCAUCUUUUGCCAGCAGUUGGAGACGAGAUUCAGAGAUGUUUACCUUCUCACGGUCCUUGGCCUCGUCAACAAGCGCUUCUUAUUGAUGGAGGGCGGGGCCAUCUUAGAUGCGAUCUCUCUCCACAAGGCAGCCGAGGCCAACGAUGUCGAGGCAAUCGCCAGGCUGGCCAAUCCCAGCAGCAUCAACAGAAUCCUCAAGGCCGACCGGCUCCCACGCGGAGUGCUGAACGAGGACGAGACCUUUUCAAUGGUUUCACUGCAGCGGACACCUUUGCUGGCUGCUGCGGAAGCGGGUCAUGCUGAGGCGGCGCGGCGGCUACUAGAUGCGAAGGCAGAGGCGAAUUACCAGGAUACAUCUGGUUUCCAUGCUCUCUACCUUGCAGCUGGAGCUCCCAGUGCGCAGGAGGCUGUGAAGCUUCUCCUGGAGCAGGGCGCCGACAUACAACUAGCGAACAGAAGCGGCUACACGGCGCUGCAUAACGCUUGUGGAUGCGGCCAGGUUGACAGCAUUCGAGUGCUGUUGGAGGCCCGCGCAGACCUGAAUAUGAAGAGCCGCAGCGGAGCGGCUCCGGUACACGUGGCUGCGAUCAGCGAUCGUCCCGUGUCCCUGGAGGUAUUGAAGCAAUACAAGUCCAAUCUGGACAUGCCAGCAGUCGGCGGAAAUACGGCCGUGCACGAGGGUGUUAUGCAGAACAAUCCAGGGAUCAUCCAAAAGCUCUUCGAGCUCAAGGCAGACAUCAACAUUGAGAGCGGCCCAGACAAUCAGUUUGCGACACCGCUGAAGAUGGCGUUGGACAGGAAGAAGAAAAAAGCUGCCAAAGUGCUGAAGGAUCUCGGGGCCAUCGAGCAGGUGCCUGGGGGCAACAGCACUGGCGAGGUCUUCGACAGCGCCAAGACGAGCGAUUUCAGGCUCCUGUUGACCGGUCCUAAAGGUGAAACGUAA